CGCAAGUGAAACAACGAGAGAGAAAGAUCCGGGGGGUUGGCGUUUAUAUAAAGAGAGCGAAACGAUAGAUAACUCCAGGUUGGUGAUCGGUGAUCGAGUGCGACGGACAACCAAAGAACAAUGUUUCCCGAGAUUGUAGCUCUAUCUGUCCUUUGCGCGUGCACGUCGGCCGCCAUCUUGGGAUUCGAUAGUGGACAUCACGGCGAAGAGAAUUUGGUCUAUGGACAUGGGCCAGAGAUUAAGACGACCUUUGAUUAUUUCGCCCAUCCGAAAUACGAAUUCAAAUAUGGCGUGGAGGACUUCCACACGGGCGACUACAAGUCCCAGGAGGAGACGCGUGACGGCGACGUUGUCAAAGGCUCUUACAGCGUUGCCGAGCCUGACGGUACCCUUAGGAUCGUUCAUUACACCGCCGACAAACACAACGGGUUCAACGCUGUGGUCACCAGGCACGGGAAAGCGAUGCAUCCCAGCCACUACUCCAACGGACACUCCAUCGCCUAUCACGGUCACGAAGGUCACGACUUCGGCGGAGUAGAUUUUUACAGUGCAACAAGCAAAAUGUUCGCCAAAAUCGCCGUAGUCGUAGCCGUCGUAGCCGCCGCCCGGGCUGGUCUGAUCGACUACGCCCCCGCCGCUCACGCGUACGCCGCCCCCGCCUACGCGACAGCCCACAUCGCCGCCCCGGUAGCUCACGUAGCACCUGUAGCCGUCAAAUACGCCGCAGCUCCGAUCCACGCCCACGAACAUCAGGACUACUACGCUCCUGCGAAGUACGAGUUCAACUACGGCGUGCAGGAUCCCCACACGGGAGACCACAAGACCCAGCACGAGAUCCGCGACGGCGACGUUGUCAAAGGAUCUUACAGCGUUGCCGAACCUGACGGCACCCUCAGGACAGUCCACUACACCGCCGACGAUCACAACGGUUUCAACGCGGUCGUCGAGAAAUCCGGACACCCUGUACAUCCCGCCCCCGUAGCCCCUGCCAAGCUGGUGGUCGCUGCCCCCUACCACGCCGCCCCCGCUUACUACCACCAUUAGAGAACGAACGGAUGACUUGUACAUACUAAGUUAUUAUUUAUUGUAAUAUUAAAGGCAUCUUUUUA